AAGUCGGCGAGAAAACCGUCGGCUGCCCGCGAGAUCGUGGGUGGGGGCGAAAGAGCUAACUUUCUUUUAACGAUGGCCGGCGAAAGAGGGUGGACGAUGGACGAGAUGAGAUGUGUUCUUCCAGUUUCGAGAGACGAGUUCUAUGAAGAUUUUGCAUCAGGCCAUCUCCGACGGCACCACCAUCAAAACAGUUGACUCCACCUUAUAAACCACCAUCAAAACAAAUGUCAAAUAAGCCGGAAGAACACAUCUCGUAUUCGUACAUUAUCCACCCGGAGUUCCUCUGCCGGUAGUCGUUGAAGGAAAGGCUGCUCUUUCACCUCACCACCAUCUCGCGCCUUUGUUGACUAGUUCUUGUUUUUUGUCCAGAGUCUAAGAACCGGUGCUGGCCUUUCGAUCCACGCGCGACAGGGAAGGGUGUGCCGAUGACCUAGUUGUCGAGGUAGUCGACCACAGUUCCUCUUGUAGCCUCUUGGAACGAGGUCGACGGACUCCAUGAGCGACGGUUGUUUCUUGAAGAGGAUAAGAGAGGAAAUGAACGAAGAGGAGGAGAAGGGAGCAGAGAGGCUAGGGGCGAGAAGACAAAGUGCCUUCAUCGUCUUUGAAUCCCAUCGCCCCGUUCGGUCUUGCUCGACUCGGAAACAAAGGAUCUUGAAGAUGGAGAUAUCUGCGCUGGUGUUGGCUUGUGGCUUGAGGGUGGGAGCUGAUGAAAGCAGAGGGCUGGAGCUGAUGGAACCAAUAAUAGGUCCCUGUAUGUCAUCAAGGUCGGACCUGUCCACAAUGCCAAGUGCUUUCUUUUCGAUUCUUACCACACCAUCGCUUUGUUUUGAAAAUCCUAAUGGUUCUAAACGAUCAAAUAUGAGUCACAAACGUGUUUAUCAAAUAGCAGUCUGGAUUGAUGCAUAAUGAUAUUUGAGAAAGUUUCUUUGACAUCCAUGCAACUUCUUAUUAAUGUUCUUCGUUGGGACUCUCACUACCAACCACAAUGAAUCAUACUUAUGUAGAUGUUUCUCUAAAAUAAAGAUCCGGAAGUACACUGUCAAGCUUGGGUAACUUCUUAGCAUAUACUUCAAGAUUGAGUUGUGAUAUUAGCAGAUAAAUAGGA